CGCGACGAAACGAUGCCGUAUUAUUCAGCGAACGCGAAAGGUUUUGCAAUCGCAAUUUCAUUCCAAAAUUGGAAUUCAAUUUUCGCUUUAGUUCCGUUGUUGAUACUUUCAUUUCUUGGUUCCAACCAGACACGAAGAACAAAACCAUGGCAGAAGAGAAAGAGUGUAGCAAAAGUUCCAACCUUUCUUCACCCUUGGCGGAAACCCCAAUCAGGCCAGUGGUUUGUCUCAAAAGGAAAGAAGAUGUGAAACGUUAUGAGGAAACCGAGGAAUGUUUUAUCUUGGAUUUUGACCCAUUUGAAUCCAUUGACUUAUCGAAGCUUUCACUGGAGAACAAGAAAAAUGAUGAUGAUACCUCUGAUAUAUCUAUUGUUGCUGAAAAGGGUGAGGUAGCUUGUAGAGAUUAUCCACAUGCAAGACAUCUAUGUGUUAAAUUUCCGUUUACUACUACACCUCAUGAGAGUUCUUGUGAAAAGUGUUACUGCUAUGUAUGUGAUUCAGUUGCUCCAUGUAAGUACUGGACUCGGUCUUCAGAUAAGUCGGACUCACCUCCACACUGUGAUGCUAAUAAUGACUGGGAGGAGGAAAGGAAUGAGUAUAAACGUUUGACGGAAGAAGAGGCUCACUAAUUACAGUUUCAUAUAUGUUUGAUGUUGCUGCUGCUAGUCGCUUUUGAAGGGUUGUAUGGACGGAAAUGAGAUACAAGAAGCCAACUUGGAAUUUUGAUUUUGGGGUAAACUCCGUAACUAUUUCUGUGUGUAGUGAUGUAAAGGAAUGUGUCAUGAUAACUUGUAUUUUGAGUCAAUUGGAUGAUCUAUGGCCAUGUGAAAGCAGCAUGUAUAUAGGAGUAUAGUUUUGAGGCCUUUUAACUUAACUUUUCUUUUCUUAAAUUUGUCUCUUCCAUUUUAAAGCUUAGCACUCUUAUCUCUUAUGCAUUGUCUUUUUUUGGUUAAAAAUGCUUUACGUGACUGUUACAUUGUCCACAAGGCUGCUUACAUGCCAUCUGAAUUAUAUGUUGAUUGGUUAAUUCAUUUUUCUUUAUCUUUUUAGAAGAUUAGCUUUUUGAGUUGAUAAGUAAACUUUUCAUCUUUAUUUUCAUGUGUUCUUAUUAGAAAUUAUUCGUAUUCACCAACUUGUUCUUACUAGAAAUCCUGAUAAAAAAUUUUUCCUCUUAAAAGCUUUUCUCAUUAAAUAUCUGUUUUCACAUUUGUGGGAAUCAUGUUUCUGAAUCUAUAACAGAACUCAAAAUGAUGUCUAUAACUGUGGAUAGGUUUUCUCUGAUGUAAAUUCUUCAAAAUAUGCAUAGAUUUCAUUUUAUUUUAACAUUAUAAAAUCUUCAAAAGAUCUUCACCGAAAGAAAUACAUAAGUACUUUUAGAUUCCUUAUCUUUUGACAGUUACUCCGAUAUUUGGGAGGUAUGGGUCGAGUGGAAACCUCACUUUCACCACUCUCGUCAUUCUCAUCAGUGACUUCAACUUCUUUAUUUUCUUCUUGAAUUCUUUAUUCAGACUAAAGCAUUUAUAAUUAUUAGUAUAAUAAUGAGUGAAGAUAAGGAAAUAGAGGAAAAUCAGAGAGUGGGUUAAACUUGUGUUUCUUCACUAUCAAGAAAGACAUGUACUUUGUCUUUCUGUGUCUUCUUUUGAGUAGAUGUGGCAAUAGUAAAACCACUUCCUCUUUUUUUAGUAUGGAGAAUAAGGACAAAAAUGAACAAGGGAUAAAUAAAGAUCUAUUGUUAAAGGAAAGAGCAAAGGUUUAGAGAAUGUACUUGUUUUGUUUCUUUUGAUUGGUUGAAUUCUUUACCAUCGUUGAUUGCUUUGACUACCUUCUUUUGUGACUUUUUGGGGCAAAGAGGUAGAGCUGCAGAGCUUCGACACAAGUAAAUAGGUGAAACAUAAAGAGAAGUUAAUGGGUUCUUAAGAGUCUCUUUAUCUCACUGGCUAAAUUGGUGGAUGUAAUUUGGAUGUCAUUUGGACGUGGUCGAGAUCAAGUCUUAAAGGCUGUGGAUAAUUAUAUGUAAAAUACUUAGUCAAAACUAUUCUUUAAGCAGGUUUUUUAAAUUAAUUUCUAAGGCCAUUAAAGAUCCAUAAAGGGUGCCAAGUUGGAAGUUGGGGCAAAAAAGUUAAGUCAAAUUCACAAGUUGAUAGUGGUGGAAAUUUGGGGAGAUGAAAUUUUAAAGCAAAAUCAUACUUCUCUUUUAUGUAAGGAGGAAAAUUAAGUUUUAGAAAUUUGUCUAUCAUUUUUUGUUUUAAAGCGGAAGCCGCAUCAUAAAUAGUUCGACUAAGAUCAUGGAGAUUAUACGUAGUUUUGAAGAAAGUUUGAAAAGCUCGAAUUUCCUUGAUGUGUGUAUCUCGAUUUUUCUUCUUUUUAUUCUGCAGACAGGAAAAAGCAUUUGUUAGAUGUUUAAGUAGAGUUGAAGAAUCCACAACAAAAUGUUUGUAAAAGGCAGACCACCAAUCUUCAAAUUCCUUGGUGUAGUGAAAAGAAGUUUCGAAUUUGAAAGGGUUUAAAUUGAUGACUUUUUCUAAACACUCCUUAUAAUAUGCCUCAAUUGUCGUAUCAGUAGCCAGACAGAUUCCAACCUCUUUGGUGAAAAGGGAUUUUGACAGGAAUUGACUCAAGCCAAAUUGUUUGACUACCAAAUUUGGUUUGUAUACGACAAGCCCAAAGUCAGCUUUCGCAGUUGAAAUUCUAGUCGAUAAGAUAGUGGGUUUGAAGAAUUUCGUCAGAAUAUCAAGAACUUCAAUUUGGUUACCAGGUGAAGAGGCUAGAAAUGUUCUUCUGAACUACUCUGGUCCGUAGCUUCGACUGUCAAAUGGUUCCAUAGUAGAGAAAAU